AUGAUUUACCAAACCGCCCGAGCCGUCACAUCUUCAAUCCUAGAAUUAGGGGCGAAUGCUCAGCGCAUGCAGCCAAUGCUUCGGCGAUCAGAAAGCUGUUCCUAA